AUGCAGCUUUCCAUUCCGAUUUACAAUGAUGCGUCAUUCACAGAAGCGAAGCAGCUCAACAACUUGUUUCUGCCAGCAUUCUGGAUUGGAAUUGAAGUAGUGAUGAGGGACUACGCCCAUAACUACAUUUAUUUCAAUACAAAAGAGUUGCCGAGUAUAAUUCUCGGGAUCGGCAUUGGAUGUGUGGUUGCGUCAGCAGUUGCAGCGCUGACUUGGGUGUUCUUCAAACUUCGAUCACGACGUAAUCGAGCUGGUGUCCAUUUUGAGGCCGUGGCGCGUAGCGAACUAUGGACUAAAUAA